AUGGCCCUGUCACCGCUAGACUGGCCGAGCGAGCUACUUCUGUCUCUCUUGGAGCUGCUACCCUUGAACGACUUGCUUUCCAUGACUACUGUCAACAAAUCCAUCCGCACCCUGGCCCUGCCUCUAGCCUACUCGACGGUUGAGACACGCUGGACCUGGCAUCGCCUGCCACCUGUCAUCCAGCUCCUGCAAUCUCUUCUCGAGCGGCGCGAGCUGGCCGGCUACAUCCGCAACCUGCGCCUUGUCGGAAAUGGCUUUGACGACAGGACUGAGCUGUCGGAGCCGCCCAUCUUCCCCCUCGGCGCCGACUUGCUCAGCAAGGCGACCGAGAUAAUCGAAUCCACUAGAGUACCAUUCACGAAGCUUUGGAUCGACGAGCUACACUCUGGCAGCGUCGACGCCAUUGUGGCGCUACUUGUCGCCAUGGCGCCGAACCUGACGUCUCUUCAUCUCGGACCCAACUUUACUGUUCGAAGCCGACUAUGGGGAGGCAUAUUUCACUACGCUCUCUGCGGGCCACCAAAAAAUUGCAACUUGCCUACAUAUCAGAACCUACGCUCAGUCGAGACGAGUUGGAGGACCAAAGAAUGGCACCAUAUUGCCGUUUGCAACACGGCGGAUGUUCUUCCCCUAUUUUAUCUCCCGCGAAUCCAGAACCUAUCCGUAUCGAUUGACAACCCGGUCGAGUUUGCCUGGCCUUCUUCACACCCGCCAGCCCCCUCAUCUCUCGCGUCACUGGACAUCUUCCGGCUCCGCGAAUCACGCAUCGGCCCCGUGCUCUCGGUUCUCAAGGGACUCCAAAGACUACAUUGGCACUGGUCGUAUCAGCCAGACCUCGACGAGGAGGUCAGCAAAGGCGUGCUAGAAUUCGAUAAGGCAGCGACAGCAUUGAACCAAGUUGCUGAUACGCUCACUGACCUGACAAUCGGUGCCCUCACACGCCCGAGGAUAUCGGACGGGGACUACGAUCCUCCUCCGCUGGAGCUUCGGGGAUCGCUCGAUCUUUCCCGCCUUGGCAAGCUGACCAAACUACGUCUCCCAUGGGUCUUCUUGAUGGGUUGGUCAAAAUCAUCCUCAUCCGCUAGGAACCUCGUGGAUCUGCUUCCUUUGAGCCUUGAGCUGCUUGAACUGACGUCAGACUUGAAUGACCAUGAUGAAUGGGAAUGGCACAACGACGACUCUAUUAUCAACGCGAUCAAAAUACAGCUUACAAGGCAAUCCGUAGCGCGCUACCCUUGUCUGCGUCGCAUUGUUCUACCUAUCCCAGGCGAGUAUAGCGAAAUGACGGAUCAGCGCGAAGAGGAGCUAGCCUCCAUUGGCACCAAGGCGGGAAUCGAGUUGGGGUGGAUUGAGGAGUCUGGAUAUGAGGAAGAAGAACAGUUUUGA